AUGGAUACGCCGCCUUCUACGGAAUCGAAGCCUGAGGUGGUAGCGGCAGCAAGUGAAAUACAAAUUGAUCCCGCAGGCUGUACGGACCAAGGACUCCGCGCCUGGACAGUGGUUGCUGGGGCCUGGUGCUGUAUCUUCUGUGGUUUUGGCUGGGUCAACGGAUGUGUGAAUGCAGCUAUCGGGGUUUUCCAGGAGUAUUAUCAAACUCAUCAAUUGCACUCUUACUCAACUUCAAGCAUAUCCUGGAUCUUGUCUCUGGAGCCAUUUGUUCUCUUCGCGGCUGGGAUAGUUAUUGGACGGGUAUUCGAUAAUUAUGGACCAAAAUGGCUCCUUGUCAUCGGGACAUUCCUGCACGUUUUCGGGCUCAUGAUGACGUCUAUUUCUGAUAAGUAUUAUCAGUUCAUCCUUGCCCAAGGUAUUUGCAGCCCGCUAGGUGCAAGCUUUGUCUUUUACCCAGCACUCUCGUGUACCGCAACAUGGUUUGAUAAACGACGAGCCUUAGCUUUUGGUAUUGUUUCCAGUGGCUCCUCUCUAGGUGGAGUUAUAUUCCCAACUAUGUUAUCUCAACUAUUGCCUCGCAUCGGAUUCGGAUGGACUCUAAGAAUUGCUGGACUCUUGGUCUUUAUUCUAUUAAUUAUUGCGAACUUAACUAUACGGUCAAGGAUAGCCCCUAUCCCGCGGCCGGUUAGGCUCCAUGAUUACAUAGACCCCUUCUUAGAGCUACCAUUUAUUUUACUUAUGCUGGCCUCUUGCUGUGGAUUCUUUGCUAUGUUUGUGCCUAUCAACUACGUUAUCCUAGAGUCGCAAAGAGAUGGGGUGGACCCUCACCUAGCUGGAUACCUGCUGACUAUAUUGAAUGCUGCAAGUCUCCCUGGCCGAAUAUUACCCGGAUAUCUUGGUGAUAAGUGGGGUCGAUUUAACGUAAUGAUUGCUAUGUGUGCGCUUUCUGCUAUUGUUUUACUCGCUCUUUGGAUCCCGGGGACCCUUAUCAAUCCUAGUUCCGCGGCUGUCUAUAUAAUCUUCUGCCUACUAUACGGAUUCGCUUCGGGUGCGUUUGUAGGUAUGGUACCUGCCCUUCUUAGCCAGAUCUCAACCAAUGUGACCAAAACCGGGGUUCGUCAAGGAGUUCUAUUUACUUGCAUUAGCAUUGCAACGCUAACUGGGACCCCUAUUGCUGGGGCAAUCUUGAGUCGACAGAAUGGGACUUAUUGGGGUUUACAGGUAUUUGCUGGUGUUAUGAUGGUAGGAUGUGUUUUUUUCUUUAUUGCCGUUAGAGUAGUUCUUGUUGGAUUUUCCUUCAACAAAAAGGUGUAG